UGUAAUUUUCUAUAUACAAACGAACUCCAUUCUUGCUUCGAUUCUUAACUUGUUUCAAAAUGGCACCCCUAAAUUUCAAUGCUCUCAGAGACUUGCACAACUCAGCUAAUGACCUUCUUCACUCACCAGUGAUCCAAAAAGCUCUUGUCCACCACCGACAAGAGAAAUGGGUUAAUGAAGUCUCAGAAGCAUCGCUGAGAAUGCUGGAAGUGUGUGGCAUAUCCAAAGACGUUCUUUUGCUUGUCAAAGAGCAUCUUCAAGACCUACAAUCUACUUUGCGCAGAGUGAUUAUUGGCGAGUCAGAUAUUAGUGCCAAAAUUGCAGCUUACAAUCGCUAUAGAAAGAAGUUGAAGAAACAGACAUUGAAGUGCUUGCACUCACUAAAAGGGAUGACGAACAAAUCAAUCACAUCAGAUAUAUAUUCUGUAGACUCCAAGCUUAUGGUAGUUGUGGAUGUGUUAAAAGAAGUAAGAGUAAUAACAAUCUCUAUAGUGGAGUCACUCUUAUCUCUUAUAUCUAUACCGUGGCUCGUCAGAAAAUCGGCUAAAGGGUCUUUCACGUCAAAGUUUAUGCCGUCAAGUGGACAAAGUUUAUACGAUAUCUGGGACGAAGAAGAAGUUCAAAGUGCAAACAAAAGAAUGGAGGGAGUGGAGAUUGCCAUUGAAGUUCUUGAGGUUGAGUUGGAGUGCAUCUCGAGGCGUUUGAUUCAAACUAGGGUUUCACUUCUCAACAUACUUACCAACUAAGAGAGGCUAUAGAAUCCACGGUUGGCAAUUGGCAAACCAUUAUUUAAGAGCUUUGCCAUGCCCUAGCUCGCCACUCACACGCAGCACAUAAUGGAUACACUG